AUGGAUUCACACCUGAUUGGAUCAGCCGAAGGGAGCUCUGCUGCCAUUGGCCAGGAAUUUAACUUAACUGAGGACUUCUACCUGGACUACGGUUACUAUGACAACAAUGUGUCAAAUGCGGGGCUGGGCAGUGAGGAGUGUGCAGGGGCGGGGCUGGGGGCGGGGCUUGGGGGCCUGAGGGCGGGGCUGUACUGCGCGGUGCUGCUGGUGGGCGUGCCCGGGAACCUGGGCCUGCUGGGAGCCCUGUGGGGGAGGGGGCGGGGCUGGAGGACCAGUGAGAUCCUGGCGUGGAACCUGGCCAUCUCCGACCUGCUGUUCCUGGGAGCGCUGCCGCUCUGGAUCCACAGCGAGGGGAACGAGGGAGCCUGGGCCGGAGGAGAGACCAGCUGCAAGCUGGCCCCCUAUAUCACGGCUUUGACCAUGCAUGUUGGAGUGUUACUGCUGACUGUUAUGAGCAUUGACAGGUUUGUGGCGGUGGUGCACGCGGGUGUGUACAGGCGGGUGCGUAAGCGGUUGUGGGCUGGGGGCAGCUGUGGGCUGUGCUGGCUGGGCGGGGCCCUGCUGGCGGUGCCAGUGCUGCAGGUGCGGGAGCUCCAGAGGGACAGGCUGGGGGGGCCCGCCCGCUGCGGGGAGAAUGAGGAGCAGGCGGGGGCCUACCCCCCCGGCCUGUCCCUGGCCCUGCUGCUGCUCUCCUUCUUCCUCCCGCUGCUCCUCAUCCUCGCCUGCUACAGCUCGCUGGUGCGCGCGCUGCGCAGACACGCCCGGGGGCGGGGCAGGGGCGGGGCCUCGGGCAGCCCCGCCUCCCUGCGCCGGGCCCUGCGCAUGGCGCUGUUUGUGGGCGGGGCCUUCCUGCUCUGCUGGCUGCCCUUCAACGCCUUCAAGCUCCUGGCAGCGCUGGACCGCCUCCUGGCCCCGCCCCCGGGCUGCAGUGGGCUGGGGGGCGUGGCCAGGGCGGGGAUGUACUGGGCGGCUCCGCUGGGAUUCGCCCACAGCUGCCUGAACCCGCUGGCCUACGGGGCGGCCGACCGGUCGCUACGGCAACGGGCCCUGCAGGGGGCGGCGCCCUGCCGCUGGAGGAGAGACCGCCCCGGGGGAGGAGCCAGCUCCCUGACCACGCCCACCAGCUGGGCGGAGAGAGAGAGCAUGGGGAGAGAUGGGAAGAACAGAGGGAGGGAGGAGUGA